AUGGACAGCAGGACAGAGUCAACCCUCAGCAAGUUUGCUGAUGACACCAAGCCAUGUGGUGUGGUUGACUGGCUGGCUGGAAAGGAUGCCAUCCAGAGGGACCUUGACAGAUUUGACAGCGGGGCCCAUGCCAACCUCAUGAAGUUCAACAACGCUAAAUGGGAGCCGCUGUACACCCCCAGCCCGGGGGCUUGUGUGCGCGCCUGCUGCUCGGAGGAGAAGCUCUCAGGAGACAAGAAGUGUAACUUGGUGAUUUUUAGUGCUCAAAGGACAAGUGCGCAUCCCAACUGCUACCUGUUUUACUGCCCUAGCACAGAGGCUUGUCCCAUGAAAUCUGCAAUAGGAUAUGUGAGCUACAAGAUAACUAGAGAAACCCCUGCCACGCAAGAUACAUCCUUCAAAAAUGAGGUCUUUUCUUCAAAUGGGUAUUCUUUGUCUUCAGAUGCUGGAGCUUUUAUUUCUCCCAGUCAGACUAGCCCUCACAGUCCUACCACUGCGUUGCACCAACUUGUCUUUCGUCAGGCAUCUGAACUCCCAAACUCUGUGACCAAGCAUUUAGAUAACAGUGAAUUUCGUACAACUUUUCCUGAUUCUCAAAGGACAAAACAUCCUGAGAGCUUAGACCCCAUCCCAGACCUCAACUUGCCAUCAAAUAAGCCUGCUGCUGGUCAAAUUGGAAAUCCCUCUACUUCAUUCCCAACCACUCAGUCUACUGUUCCUGAACUCAGCAGUACUACUCUUGCUCCUCUCUCUGCAAGUACCUCCCAACAGGAGUCUCAUACAACCUCACUGCCUACUGGUGGUACUACACCUACUGCUCUCACCAUCACCACAGCUGCCUUUCUGCCAACUGCAAGCACUACAGCAAAAACUGAUGUCCCUGACACCACCUUUGCUGUUACUCGUGUUCCCCUUUCCACUCCCACAACUUCUGGUUCUACUACAACAACCAAGUGGGUGACCACAAAUUUCACAUCUGCUACCACCCCAUCAGGGCUAAGAACUCCAACCAUUCCUCAAGAGCCAACAGUUGUCUCUCCCAAUGAUACCAGCCAGGUUACCUUCCUCUCUUCUUCAGGUUCCACUUUGUCUACUAGCAAUUCUCCCACCGCUUCCCAAAGCCACCCUGAGGGUUAUGACCCAUCUGAUUCAGAAAGCUACCUGCCAGAGGGUAUUCUGAGAGAGAAAGGUGUCAAUCAGCUGGGAGAAAAAAGCAGCCUGAUAGCAGCUUUGCUUUUUGAGGUGAUAUUCUUAUUACUAGUUAUUGUACUAACAGGGAAGAAAAUACAUGAAUCUCUUCGAAAGAGACCUUACACGAGGCUGGAUUACUUGAUUAAUGGAAUGUAUGCUGAUGUAUGA